AUUUUUGGUACAUAGUGCAGUGAGCGGACGUCAUUUAGUUUCAAGUGAGUUUAGCCUUCCAGAUUUAUUUUUAGUGCCAAUCACUUUGGACUUUGACCACUUGAUAAUACAAAAUUGAAUCAACAUUUCAACUGAUAAAAUAAUCAGAAAACACCAACAUAAGUUAGCAACAAGUAUUCAUUAAUUCAUUUCUGCUGGUCAACUGUUGAAUUAAGAUGGCUCUAUCAAAAGCCUUACAGUUUAUGGAUAAACAAGAUCUUGAGUGUGCCAUCUGCCUCAACAGGUUUCAACAACCCAAGACCCUGAAGUGUAUGCAUACCUUUUGUCAACAGUGUAUCCAUAAAUGGGUAGAAACUCAUGGAAAAAUGAAAUGUCCAAUAUGUAACGAAGAACAUGAUCUAUUGAAAGAAAACAUACAACAGCUGGCUUCAAAUACAAUGAUAAGUCAACUACUAGAGUAUGUCAUCAAAACAGAAGAACAAAAUCCAACUAAAUGCUCUUUUUGUGACAACCAACCAGCAUACCACUGCUCAACAUGUCAACUGUAUCUAUGUAGAGCUCAAUGUGUCAAACAACACAAGACAGUACAUUCAACAAAGGAUCACCCACUUUACACACUAGACAUGAAUGAACACGAUGGCAAACCAACUAACUGCCAAGUUCACUGCAACACCCCACUGGAAUUUUACUGCUCCUAUUGCAACAAAUCAGCAUGUGAGAAAUGUGAACACAUCCUUCACUGUCACCAAGAACAACAUAAAGUGAUUCCAAUGUCAACUGCUAUAGAUGAGUUUAAAAAUGAUGCCGAUGAAGUUGUCAACUUAGCACUUGAAAUUAAAAAUGAAUUAACAGAAAAACUAGAUUUAAUGGCUAAAAGUAAAUUAUUAUCUAAAUCACAACUAAAGUUAAGUAGAAAAGCCAUUGAAACUCAAGAAAACAAACUUAUUAAGAAAGUUCAAAAGAAAAGCAAAGAAUUAAUUUUGGAUAUGGAAAAGAUAUACAAGGAAAAAGAAGAUGAAAUUGAUAGUAAAUAUAAAGAUAUGGAUUCAAAGAUAACUCAAGUGAAUAAUCUAAUAGCCUCAAUUAAUAAAAUGAUGAACAAACCAGAAAAAAGAGAAGCACUUGGAUCCCAUAAGACUACUAUCAACGCUGUCAAAGACAAGGACCUAGCAACUGAUAUUGAUAAAUUAUUUGAUAAAAUAAACAGUACACCUAAUUUCAUUCCAUUUACACACAUGGAUGAGUUCAUGAAUAGAGAUGGCAUUGGUAAAAUCACAACUGCUAAUAGCAUGAGGUAUAUGGUUGCUGAUGAUGAAAAAGUAAUUACUGUCACAGAAGAACAACCAUUUGUAGUGAAAGUAUCAAGUCCAGCAGAGAGUGAUGAAUGCCAAUUAGCUGCAACAUUAAUAAACUCAUUUGAUAAAGAAUUGCUAGCUGAGGUACAAUACAUUGGAAAUAGACAGUACAAAAUAACAGGUAGAUGCAAUGUGGAAGGUGACUGGCAAAUGAAGAUAACUGCUGGAGCUGCACACAUCAAAGGAUCACCAGUAAAUAUCAAGGUGGAAGCACUGGGGCUUGUUAAUACCAUUGAUGACAUAGCCGAUAUAGUUGAACAUUUUUGUGUGACAGAUGUAGUGUUAGAUAGAUAUGGACACUUAUUAGUAUCACAUUACAGUAAUGAAAUUUUCAAGUUUGAUCAAUCAGGUUCAUUUGUUGCUAGUAUACAGGUACCACAAAAUGUGAAAGUUGAUAAAAUGCAUCAAAUGGGUGAUGGUCACAUGAUAUAUAAUGAUUACUUAGCAAAAUGUGUUGUAAUGUGUGAUGAUAAAUUUGAAGAAAUCCGCUCAUUUGGUAAAGGCAUGUUGAAAUAUCCAACUGACUUGACAUUAAACAAGGAAACUAGAGCCUUGUAUGUAGCAGAUCAGGAUGCUCACUGUGUGUAUAAAUUCAAUGUUGAUGAUGGCAGGCUGCUGGGUAAAAUAGGUUCAAAAGGUAGUAAAGUAGGUCAAAUAGAGAGACCGCAAGGCGUCACUUUAACUAAGGAAGGUCAUGUGAUUGUUUCUUCAAAUUCAAUUAACGCAAUACAAAUGUUCGAUGCAAAUGGAAAGUUUAUGAGAAUACUGGUACCCUUUGGUUACAAAGAUGGCAAGGUUUUCCGUUCUUGUGGCGUAACCAUGGAUAUGGAUGAAAAUUUAAUAGUAUCAAGUGGCAAUGGACUACAGUUAUUUGAUAAGAAUGGUAUAUUCAUAAAACAAAUAGAUCAUCUUGAAUAUGAUGAAACUACCAUUUGUUCAAAUGGCAUCACUGUAAUCUCCAAUAGACCAAGAAGAGUUGCAGUGACAAACCACAAAGCAAACAAUGUUCAAAUAUUCAAUUAUUAAGAUGACAUUGAAAUGGCCUUAAAAUUUAUUUACGGAAAAUGUAAAACAAUAAUAAAAUGACUAGCAAUACUGUAAGUUUAGGAAUAGCUUCAUCAUUUGUGCCAUUCAGGCACUAAUACUGUAUGUAUUUGCAUUUCAGCAUUACACAGAGUCAACACAAAUUUCUAUGUAUGAUUGAUAAAUAAAGUUAUCAUUGUAUUAAUUUAUCAAUAAAUAUCUUUGAUUGAUAUAUUCAAACGAUUCAAACAAACAUAUGAGAAUUAUUACAGUAUAUACAAUUAUUCAUGUUUAUACAUCAAUUAAAAUUUAUAGACCAUCAUGUACUGUAGCAAUCUUGUCAUGUAUAAAAUAAUUGAAAUUUUACAAGAAAUACAUGAAUUAGUAAAUAAGCAGUAUGUAAUUUGACAUAAUCUUGACAAUACAAAGCACUGAUACUCAUUAAGUACCGUUCCUGUGUGGAGUCAAA